AUGGCGAGGGAAGAGUCGGAUGCAAGCCAGUCUUUUAUGCGUCAAACAAUGUCGUCCAGUUCAACGACACGUGGUGUGCUGGCGCCGUUCAACGCGAGACAGACGACACAGUUCACAAAAGCCCUUUCUAAACCGGCAUUCUUCACCUCCUUUCGUGCACCGUCGACGUCGAAGCACGCAUGGUCAUUAGCACGGGCUGCUUAUGCAAUUAUAGCACAUCAAAAUGUGCAAAUACAUGAGAGUGAUAAAGCGAAUAUUGAUGCUUCAAUCCGAAGUUUAAUGCUGUUAAUAUUAAAAUUUCGAAUGCUCUCGUGCGCACAACUGUUUCGCAGCAGUUCAACUAUAUACUUCAAAAUACAAAAGUUUACACCACAAGCGGAGAAAUUGCCAAAAAAGCAGGAUGAAUCCACGAACAGAAGAUCCUCUUCUCCGAAGCUUGAUUUGGAGUACGUCAAGCUGAACAAGAUAAGCCAAAGUCAAUUUGAGGAUACAUCUGAUGAACCUUCGUCAGCGGGAAAGCACCAUAGCGGCCACUUCCGCCAUUCCAUGGCUCCAAAUUGGGAUCUUCAUCCCCAGUACGAGUUCACCGCUUUUGGCAAACGGUUUCAUUUGAUUCUUACGCUCGACAUCAACUUUGUGUCGCCGAAUGUUAAGAUUACUCAUAUAAGUGAGGAUUCGAUCAGAAGGGAGCAUCCGGGCAAUCAACUUGGCUGUUUCUACAGUGGAACCGUACACGGCGAUCCACAAUCCUCCGUCGCCGUCAGUCUUUGCCAUGGAAUGACGGGCCACGUGAGAACGUCGACGGGAAGCUACAUAAUUAAACCAGCCGAACCGUGGCAAGAGAGUGACAAAGAUCCUCUAGAAUUUUCGCUGCGACACGCCAUCCAAAGGAUACGACCAGUCGCCAUGGAGGAUCGCUCGAACGACAACGACCAGGCUAAAAGGCAGAAUUGUGGCGUGAUCGAUGACAAGACGCCAACACCCAUAUCCAGCAAUGAAAUUUACACCGACAGUCGACACCGCGAGCGCAGGUCUUUAACUGAAAAAAAAGCGCCAGACGAAGACUACGAGCAGUACAUGAAACAGAACGAGAAGCGUCAACAGUUUGUACGAAACGACAACAGAUACGAUAGAUACUUCUUUGUAGAACGGAGACAAAAUGAACCGAGCGAGGAAUACAACCAAGACUCGGAAAUGGAAUUGGAUCCCUCCGUGGCCUUGAGAUCAGGUAGAGCCUCGCGAGGUGAAUAUUUCAUCGAGAUCAUGGUGGCGGCCGAUGCGGAGAUGGUGAGGUACCAUGGCAAGAAUUUGUUCAGCUACAUUAUGGUCCUGAUGAGCACGGUUUCGCAACUCUACAAAGACAAAUCCAUCGGUAAUUGCAUAAACAUUUCGGUGGUAAAUAUCGUGUCAACCAAUAAAACAUUUGGGACUAGGUAUAACGAAACCGACGGAAUCGCGGCGAGCGACAUGUUGAGGGAAUUCCGUAAAUGGCAGAAUGAACAUAAUCCAAAUGAAACGUCGCCCCUACAUCACGACGCUGCACUACUUUUAACCAGGGAAAAUCUGUGCGACCAUUCCAAAGAAAUACAUUGCGACACGUUAGGCCUGGCCGAGUUGGGACGAAUGUGUUUCCCAGGAUCCUCCUGCGCCAUAGUGCGCGACAGUGGACUAGCUGCUGCAUUCACAAUGGCUCAUGAAAUCGGCCACGUACUGGAUAUGCCACACGACAACGACACAAAGUGCAAAAAAUUCAGGAAACAGUCGGACAUCCACAACAUCAUGUCCAUGAUGCUUGACGACCACACCUUUCCCUGGACAUGGUCAAAAUGUUCUCAACACUACGUCACCAAGUUCCUCGAAGGCGGUAACGGUGACUGUCUGCUCGACGAGCCGUCGAAAAUCAUGGAAAGGCCGGACAACACCAGGCUUCCCGGCGAGGAUUACUCAGAGAACAGUCAGUGCGAACUGGUAUACGGCCACGGGUCCAGAAUCUGCUACCCUGGCAGCAUGAACAGGGAUGAUGGUAACGGUUGGUUGGUUAUCGGCCAGGCAGUGUGCAGAAUAUUGUACUGCACCACACCGGAGGGGGACCCUGUCAGAGGGAAGAGGGGAUCAUGCCGUACCCAAUAUAUGCCGUGGGCUGAUGGGACCGAGUGCGACGUGGACAAAUGGUGUUAUCGAGGCGAGUGCGUCCCCCGCGAAAUCCUCAAGCCCGUGGACGGCCAAUGGGGCGCAUGGGGACGUUUCAGUGAAUGCUCGAGGACUUGCGGUGGCGGUGUCAAAAAGAAGGUCCGUCUGUGUAACAAUCCUCCUCCGGAAAAUGGCGGCAAAUGCUGCAUCGGGGACAGUGUUAAGUAUCGUAGCUGUGGUACCAGGGAGUGUCCAGGAAAUCCAGAUUUUAGGGAAGAGCAAUGCUCGGCGUUCGACAACAACACCCUAGGCAUCGAAAAUCUGAUGGAAAACGUAACAUGGCACGCGAAGUAUCGUGAAAUCUUGCCUCAAGAACGUUGCAAAUUAGUCUGUCAAGUGAACAGCACUUACUAUCACAUGCUGAAGGACAAGGUGAAAGACGGAACACCGUGCGGACGAGACACCUCUCACAUGUGCGUGAACGGCCGCUGUACACCAGCGGGAUGUGAUCACGUUUUAAACUCAAACGCGAAAAUCGAUAUCUGUGGCGUCUGCAAAGGCGACAAUUCCACCUGCCAAUGGAUAAGGGGCUCUUACAACUCCAGCAAUCAAGGCUACACCAGAGUGACAAAGAUCCCAGCGGGUAGCAGAAACAUCGAUAUCAGGCAAUACAGUUGGAUGGGAAUCCAUAACGACAAUAAUUACCUUGCCUUACGACUUGGAGAAAACGGAGAGCACAUAGUGAACGGUAAACAUAUGGUAAUGCAUCAGAGGGUGAUCGAAACCAAUGGCACCAUUAUUGAAUACAGUGGAUCUGAAACAGCCGUGGAGCGUCUGAAUAUCUCUAAAGUGACCGAGAUUGACUUAACAUUAGAAGUAUUAUCAUCACCCAAUCGGUACCCACCUCAAAUCACCUACGAGUACACGGUGCCGAAAGAGAUUCUGAGCAGAUAUUCCUGGAUCUUAAGCAACUGGACAGAGUGCAGUCCAAUGUGUCAGGGUAUGAAAUAUCGCAAAGCUGAAUGCAGGAAUAUCGGCUACGAGAAGGAUGUUGUUUCCAAUGAUUAUUGUCGCGAGUCAGAGAAACCGCGGGAAGCAAGGCAAAUGUGCGGCAAACACUGUAUUCUAGAAUGGGAAGUCACAGUUUCGGAGUGUUCUAAUCACUGUGGACCAGGAAUUCGUAAGGUGAGCUCCAGGUGUGUACAGAAGUUUCUCAACUCAAACGAACCACCCCGUCCAACUGGAACACCAACGUGCGCCCAUCUUGUACAACCAAGCGACGAGGAACCUUGCAUGGGACCCUGCAAAAAUGUCCACUGGAGUUAUGGGAAAUGGAGUGCUUGUAAUGUCACAUGUGGGGGUGGUGUUCAACACAGGACAGCUAAAUGCGUAGACUGGAACGGAAGAGAAGUUCCUGAGGGGAAUUGUGCAGGGCAAGAAAAGCAUUUAACGGUAGUAUGUGGACAACAAUCGUGUCCAAAGUGGGAGCUGGACAAGUGGAGUUCUUGUUCGGUAACAUGUGGUAUGGGCACACGAAGUCGGAAAUUCUUGUGUCACAUAGACAACCGUCUAGUGCAAAGCAGUUAUUGCGGUAAAUUACCUCAACCAAUUGUCCAAAACUGUAACGCUGCGAGGCCUUGUGAGCAAUGGCACACUGGUGAUUGGAGUUCAUGUUCAGUCACUUGUGGCGAAGGUACAAAAGUAAGGAAAGUAAUUUGCAAAAGUGUUGACGGAAUGAAAAACAAUAAAUGUUCGUCCUCCAGCAAACCAGAAAACAUUACAGCCUGUAUAGUGAAACCUUGUCCAACAAUAAGAAACAUACCAUCGAUCAAAUAUUUUAAUACCUCUAAUCUACCAUAUGAGAUCUUUUCUCAACAAGCCAACGAAGUUCUUGACAUAACUUUUCAUCCAGGAUAUAAAUGGCACAGUGAAAUACGGAGAGAGUGUUCUAGACCAUGCAUUCGAAGCUUCAUGCAUGUAAAUGUAAAAUGUAUUUCCAUUGAAAAAGGGACUAUCGUUCCUGAAAGCUAUUGUGAUACGAAGGAAAAGCCACCCACUGCGAUACGUUGCAGUCGUGAUCUUUGUCCAAUGUGGAAGACCGAUAAUUGGAGUGAGUGUGACGCAGAAUGUGAUUCGGGACUCCAACGCCGAAAUGUUUAUUGUCAAAGUCCACGCGGUGAAAUUCUAUCCGACGAGGAAUGCCACGACAGAGAGAAACCGAAAAUAGUAAAGAUAUGCCGGAAAAGCCCCUGCAUGAAUAGUCCCACGGAUCGAAAGAAUCGAUUAGAAACAAAUAUUCUCCGUAAAUGGAAAUUCUCUCAGUGGAGCCCAUGCUCGAAGUCUUGCGGUAGCGGACUACAGUGGCGAAGGGUGGAGUGCACGAUGAGGAGAGGAAACCACGGGCCGGAAGUGACUGUUAAGGAUGAGCAGUGUUCAAGGCUUGGCCUACGCAGGCCGAGAUCGCAGAGACCAUGCAGACGCGUUGCCUGCGACUAUAUUUGGCAGGAGGAACCUUGGUCUGAGUGUUCAGCAGAAUGUGGCGAGGGAAUUCAAAGUCGAAUAGUGAGCUGUCAUCAAACUAAUGCUCGCGGUUUCACCGAUCUUACGCCCACUAAUAAUUGCCCAAUGGAUCAAAAGCCGGCUACCAGUCGGCCUUGCAAAGUCCGAGAGUGCAAUGACCAAUAUUACUGGAGGGCUGGUCCAUGGAAGCAGUGCAGCCAUGAUUGCGGACAGAAGGGUCGUCAAAUGCGGAAACUGUUUUGCUACGACAGAAACGACAGACAAGUGCCACGCGUCUAUUGCCCUAGAAAGUUCAAGCCGCGACGGAAGCAAAAGUGCAACCAAAUUAAAUGUUAUCCAAUGUCCUGCCUCGAUGCGAAAAAGUAUUACAAUACUAAUAAAGACAACGAGUACACCUUGGUCGUUGCUGGAAGGAGCAUGUUGAUUUACUGCUAUGAAAUGUCGAGUUCCUAUCCAAAGGAGUAUUUGACACUUCGGGCUGGGUACAGGGAGAAUUACGCGGAAGUAAAUAACAAGAGAUUAAAUUAUGCGGAAAAUUGCCCAUACAAUGUGCGGAGGCACAACUGUGACUGCCAGAUUAAGUCUGGGAAAACAGAAUUUAGAAGGGUACGAAUCGAUCCUGUAAAACUGUAUAUAUUAGAGAACGAUUACACAUUUUCAUGGACGAAUGGAACGAAACGUAUUGAAUAUGGCACAGCUGGGGAUUGUUACAACAGUGUGCAUUGUCCACAAGGUCGUUUCAGCAUUAACUUAAGCGGUACUCAAUUCAGAAUAUCGCCAGAAGUUGUUUGGAAAGGAACACAUGAAGCAUCAGUGGAAAUAAAUAAUAUUAAUAGUCAACGUGUCGUUGGAAAAUGUGGAGGCACCUGUGGCAUUUGUAAGCCAGCAGCUGGAUUAAAACUAGAUGUUUUACCACCUUAGUCUGCAAUAUGGGGGGUCCAAUAAUCUCUAAAUACCUGUAGAGUACAGCUUUCAGCAGGUAGAAAUUCCACUACUGGAUUUUUUAGCACGUCGCAAAAGACUG